AUGUUGAAAAUCUUUCCAUUUUUAGUGAUCAUUGUUUAUUAUUGUGAUGCAAGUCACCCACCACUAUCAUCAUCGUCAUGGUCAAUUUCGAUACCACUUUCUAAUGGGAGUCGACAAUUGAUCGAUGUUCCUCUCCUAAUAUCAUUUUCGAAAGAUGAUUUUUCUUCAUCUUGUAAGAACUGCUUUUAUGCUCGUAUGUUGAAUGCAGGACGCCGAAUGAUAGUUGAGCCAUGUGGUGAACCUAAUUGUGUUGCAUUGGUCAAUAGUACAGGUUUUGUAGUCAAUCAACCAACAAGAAAAUACAAUUUAAAAAAAUGUGGAAGAAUUAAUCGUAAAAGUUAUUCAAGUAUACAUGAUGGAAUAAAGUUAAAAGUGAGCACAAGUGAUGAAAAUACUUUACGUCCUGCCGAAUAUCCUUGGCUUGUUCGUAUAGAAAGUCGUUCAGAUAUUUUCUCGCGUACGGUAACACUCUGUGCUGGCACACUCAUUCAUCCACAAUGGAUUAUAACAGCUGCUCAUUGUAUGUUUGAUAGUAAGAGAAGCACGCUUUAUCCAACACAUGGCAUUACUUUAUUUAUGGGUCAUUAUAGUCGUAUAACUACUAGUCGAAAUGAACAUGUAGUAAAACCUGUUCUAUAUGUGAUUAAUCCAAAAUUUCGUAUUACUCUUAAAUCGCCAGCGCCAAUUCAUGAUUUAGCACUGAUUAAAUUAGCGAGUCCAGUGCCAUUGUCACGUUCAAUUUGUAUUGCCUGUUUACCUGAGCGAACAGAUAAAUUGCCUGAUGGAAAAUUAGCGUUUACAGCUGGCUGGGGUCAUGCAUCGCCAAACUCAACAGCUGUUAAUGAGCCACGAAAAGCAAGAAUAAAAAUUUCACCAAGAUCAUGCCGAAAAUUGAUGAUUGAUCCUAGUGUACACAUAUGUGGAAGAAAUGACCGCGGUAGUAAUAUUUGUAGUGGAGAUUCCGGUGCUGGUUUAAUGGUACAUGCUGGUGUUAUAAAAAAUAAAAAUAAAACGUUAUGGAAAUGGUAUGUUUUUGGUGUCGCUAGUUUCGGUCUUGACGAAUGUUCACAAAGUGUCAAUCACGAUAAUGCAUUUGCAUCGAUUUCAACAGAUAUUGACUGGAUACAUGAAGUUAUCGAAAAAUAUUGA